AUGCCUGUCGUCGGGAAGCUGGAUCCGUUCAACCUGAGUACAUCAAAGUGGGCGGAAUACCGUGAGCGGGCCGAGCUGUACUUCAUCGUGAACGACAUCCCGAGCGACAAGCAGACAGCCGUAUUUUUGACAUGCUGCGGUGCAGAGACUUAUUCUCUGCCACGAGGCCUCCUAGCACCAAGCAGGCCCGCCCAAGCAGGACUGACCGAAAUUUUUACCACACUUGGGCACCUUGCAAGAGUUUGCAGAGUUCAGCCGGGAAGUAGAAAUUUCGACUGGAGCCAGUCUAGUCGCGUGAACAACCUGGGCGACCUGCCCGUCUCUGCUGAAGAGCCCGAAGUUUUCGACUUGUGGACGCUUCACAUGGCUAGUUCGGAGCCAAUGCGCAUAGCAGUUGAAGUUAAUGGCGUAAUGCUCGAUAUGGAGUUGGACACCAGCGCUAGUGUGUCGACCAACGGUGAUGGCAAGUUUGCCGAGCUUUUUCCGUCGGUGCCGUUGGAGCCAUCGAGUGUGGAGCUGAGAAGUUUUUUCGGCGACAUGAAACGCGUCCAGGGAAAGCUGGAAGCAAUGGUCAAACUUGGCGACAAGGAGCGCCAGCUACCACUAUUUGUCGUGAAAGGGGCGUGUCCUACGCUGUUUGGACGAAGCUGGAUGAAGGCCUUCAAGCUAGGCAUCGCUCAGACGAAGGGAGUCAACGCCGUGAAGUCUACGGAAGACCUGGUAAGCCAAUAUCACGAAGUUUUUUCGGAGCAUUUUGGCACGUUUCACGGCGUUACAGCGUCUAUAUCCGUACAAAAGGGGGCGAAGCCACGUUUUGUCAAGGCACGUCCGAUACCAUUUGCUUUGCGCGAUAGGGUUUUUGAAGAACUACAGAGGAUGGAACGGGAAGGCGUUAUCAAACUGGUGAAAACUUCUCAGUGGGCCGCGCCCAUCGUUCCUGUAUUGAAGCGCGACGGCCGGGUUCGGGUCUGCGGUGAUUUUAAGACUACCAUAAACCCGGUGACAGUCGUCGAGUCCUACCCUAUUCCUAGGAUUGAGGAACCUUUUGCGCGACUUACAGGGGGCAAAAAGUUCACAAAGAUUGACUUGCAAGAUGCCUACCAGCAGGUUCCACUCGAUGAGGAGUGCCAAGAGCUAGUCACCAUUAACACUCCGAAGGGGUUAUACCAAUUCACAAGGCUGCCGUUCGGGGUUUCAUCAGCUCCGGCUAUAUUUCAGCGAGAGAUGGAAAAUCUGUUGCACGACCUUGACCAUGUCGUAGUGUACUUUGAUGAUAUUCUGGUCACAGGAACCAGUGACAAAGAGCAUUGGGAAAAUUUGGGCCGAGUGUUGGAUCGCCUGAAGACCGCGGGACUGCGACUGAAGUUAUCCAAAUGCGAAUUUAUGAAACCAGAAGUCCAGUACUUGGGCCAUAUCAUUAGUGCGGUUGGGCUGCGUCCAAACCUGGCUAAGACUGAAGUAGUGCUGGAAGCCCCCGCACCCCGAGGGGUCAAGGAACUUCAGAGUUACCUCGGGUUGGUUAAUUUUUACAGAAGGUUUUUGCCGAACCUUUUUGCCAUAUUACAGCCGCUCAAUAGUUUGUUGGCGUCGGGAACACCAUGGCGCUGGGAAACUGAUGAAAAGCAGGCGUUUCAGAAAAGCAAGGAGCUAUUGGCCUCUGCUGCUAUAUUGGCACACUUUGACCCAGGAAAGCCAACUGUGCUUGCCACUGAUGCAUCUACUUUCAGGAUUGGAGCAGUACUGGCGCAACGAGAGUCAUCUGGAGAAGAGCGCCCCAUUGGUUUUGCCUCCAGCAGCCUGGCAACCGCGGAGAAAAACUACAGCCAAUUAGAUAAGGAGGCAUUGAGCCUUGUAUUUGGCGUUACAAAGUUCAGGCAGUACUUAUGGGGCCGGCAAUUCGAAGCCGUCACAGAUCACAAACCGCUGCUCGGCUUGCUCGCAGCACACAAGCCAGUUCCCGAAUCCUGUUCUCCAAGAGUGCUAAGUAUGUUCGCAAACCAAGCCCUUCCAGAUGUGGUCGUGUCGGAUAAUGGGCCAGCAUUUACCAGUGAGCUUUACUCCACAUUCCUCAAGAAAAACGGGGUGAGGCGAAUGCUGGUGCCACCGUAUCAUCCAGCAUCAAACGGUGCUGCAGAGCGGGCCGUGCAGACUGUCAAAAACAAGUUGCGGAAGGCUGGCCCUGGAGAUAUUCGCACUCAAAUUGCCCGCAUGCUCCUAACAUACAGGUCAACGCCUCACGAGGUCACGGGUUGCUGUCCGUCGGAGCUGUUGUUGGGGCGGAAGCUGAGGACUGCGUUGGACCUGCUACACCCAGACCUCAGGACCAAGGUGCUACAGAAGCAACUUAAGCAGAAAAUCAGAUGCGACCAAGGAACAAGACCCAGGGUUUUGGGCCACCCGGGUGACCAGGUGUUCGCAAGGAAUUUCCGUCCAGGACCUGCGUGGCUCCCUGCAGUCGUCACCGAACAACGCACUUCGUCCAUGGAUGUUCUACUAGAAGACGGACGACGGUUAACUCGACAUCUGGAUCACAUCCGCCAGGCCCCUGAGGAACUGAGUGCAGACAACCAAAAAUCAGGCAGCCCAGUAUCUACCGGUGUUGCUCCAAGCUUGGACCUGGGUCAGAUGCAGCUAACUGGUCUUGCUCCAGGCUUGGACGUAGGUCAGAGGCAGCUAUCUCAGGAUCGUCUUCACGACACAGAGUCUAGGCAAGAUCCCAGGGAAGACGUGGCAAGGGAACCGGAACUUGCUGUCACAGCACCCACAGGCAUCGAGGAGUAUGACUACGCUUCUGGCACACCACCGAGGUCGCAGCGCAGUCACUACCAAGACACCAGGCACCAGUGCCGCUUCAGUUACCCUCGACAGCUGGCCGCCGCCUAUCAGAACCCGAUUGAAUACGCACCUGUGUCACCACGCCCUGGCGAUGAUUUCCAAAAUGCAUAUCGUCAACCUCCUGUGUGCUACAGCUGUGGUGCUCCAGGACACAUUGCUCGGUUCUGCCGUCGGCAGAGAGAGAUGACAUUGAGAUACGAGCCAUCGUCAAGACCUCCUCGCGGUGGCCACAAUUAUUACGACGAUCUUUGGUGGUCCACGUAUCCCAAUAGCACCCUACGACAAGAGAGCCGGCGUGGAACCUCCCCCACUUCUGAUUGUAGCUUGACACCUCCGCCUGGCCGAACGCAUUGCUCUCCUUCAUCUCUACGGCGACGGUCGCCACCACCACUGCCGGGAAACUAG